AUGGGGUGUUUAACAUGGCAGUAUCAAGUCUUGUGUCUACUUUCCUUUCUCUUCUUGCAUGCUCCAUCGUCUUUUUCUUCUUCCUUGUCUUCAAACUCACAAUGUUCUGCUCUACUCCAAUUUAAUAACUCUUUUUCUAUCGAUAGUUCCCUUUUUCCUCCUCCUAAUAAUAUUUAUCCUCAUCUCCCUUUAUGUUAUACAUCUUAUCCAAAGACAGCCUCUUGGAAGGAGGAUAAGCAUUGUUGCAGUUGGGAUGGGGUUGACUGUGACAAAAACACAGGCCAUGUGAUUGGCCUUGACCUAAGUUGUAGUUGGCUCAGUGGCACCAUUCAUUCCAACAGUACCCUCUUCCUUCUUCGUCAUCUCAGGACCUUGAGCCUCGCUGGAAAUAACUUCUAUCCCUCUCUGAUUUCAUCUGAGUUUGGCCAGUUUAAGAGUUUGACUCAUCUUAACCUUUCUUAUUCCUACUUUUCUGGCCAAAUCCCAUCUGAAAUCUCCCAGUUGUCUUCGCUGGUUUCACUCGAUCUUUCUUCCACCAAUAAUAUGUUAAUUGAAACACCAAUAUGGAAUAACCUGACUCUAUUAAGGGAACUUCAUCUGGAUUACACAGAUAUGUCCUCAAUUAGACCUAAAUCUUUGAUGAACCUAUCUUCCUCUUUGACAACUCUUAGUCUCCAUGGUUGUAACUUGCAGGGAAAACUCAAAAAUAGCAUCCUACUCCUUCCGAGUUUACAAACCCUUGAUCUAGGGUCUAAUCCGAAUCUUAAUGUUUCUCUUCCAAAGUCUAAUUGGAGUAGUAGUUCCUUGAAAUUCUUAGAUCUCUCUAUGAUAAGGUUUUCAGGAGAAAUACCUGAUUUUAUUGGCAAUCUAAAGUCCUUGAAGUAUUUGGAUCUAUCUUAUUGCAAUUUUUCAGGGCCAAUUCCAACAUUGCUUGGAAACCUCACUCAAAUUACUGAUCUGAUUCUAUCAUGGAACCGUUUUAUUGGGUCAAUUCCAACAUCACUUGGGAACCUCACACAACUUACUCUUUUGGAUCUAUCAGCAAAUAAGUUUUCUGGAAUGAUUCCAGCAUGUCUUGGGAACCUUACAAAACUUACUUCUUUGUUUCUGUCAUCUAAUAGUUUCAAUGGUUUGGUGCCGUCCUCACUAUUGAACUUGCCAAAUCUCUCCACAUUAUACCUUGAUUAUAAUCAACUUGUUGGUCCCCUUCCUAAUCACGUAAGUGGUUUGAAUCUAACUCAUCUCUCUUUAAGUUCAAAUUUCCUAAAUGGAACAUUGCCAUCUUGGUUGUUCAAUUUGCCAUCUUUGGUGCAUUUACACAUCUCUAGUAAUCAAUUCAUUGGCGAGAUUGGUGAAUUCAAGUCCAAUUCAUUGGAGGAGCUUGGCUUGGGCCAUAAUAAGCUACAAGGCUCCUUACCUAGGUCAAUAUCUAGACUUGUGAACCUUACUUUACUAUCUCUCCCAUCAAAUAACUUGAGUAUUAUGUUGGACUUUGAAAUAUUUUCAGAGUUAAAAAAUCUCCAGUAUCUUGAUUUUUCAAAUAACUUAGUUAGUAUCAACAAUAAUGUCGCCUAUACCCUACCCAAUCUUAAGCAAAUCAACUUGUCUUCUUCCAACAUUAGUGAAUUCCCAAUUUUCUUAAGAACGGCAACAAAUUUACAAAACUUAGACCUUUCCAAUAACAGUAUUUAUGGUCAAGCUCCAAGAUGGUUGGGGGAUAUGGGGAGGGAUUCAUUAUAUUUUCUUGAUCUUUCUUACAACUUGCUUCAAGGACCAUUUCUCAAUCUAAAAUUUCUUGGGCUGCUAUACAUCUUUAUCUCCAAUAACAAAUUAAGUGGAGAAAUCCCUUGCUUAAUUUGCAAAAUUUCCCUUGAAGUUCUAGACUUAUCUCAUAACGACUUAAGUGGAACGGUUCCUAAGUGUUUGGUACACUCUAAUGUCCUCAAAGUGUUGGAUUUGCGAAUGAAUAGCCUUCAUGGUACCAUCCCUACGACAUUUUACAAGAGAAAUGAUUUUAGGACUAUUAACCUUAAUGGCAAUCAAUUGGAAGGGCCAUUGCCACGAUCUUUGGCAUAUUGUACAAACUUGGAAGUUCUAGAUCUUGGAAACAAUAAGAUAAAUGGAGUCUUCCCUUAUUGGUUAGGAAGUCUUCAAAACUUGCGGGUUCUUGUCAUACGAUCAAAUAGAUUUCAAGGUCAUAUAGGCAAUCCUAAAACCAAAUUUCCUUUCCCAAAUUUGCGAAUCAUAGACAUCUCUAACAAUCAGUUUAAUGGUCCUUUGCCAAGUAAAUAUUUCAAACAUUUGAAUGCCAUGAUGAGUGUGCAUAAAAGUGAUGUUGCAUUGGAUUAUAUGGGAGAGAUGUAUUAUUCGGAUUCAGUGAAUGUCAUGCUUAAAGGGCAUGAUACUAAGUUGGUGAGAAUCCUAACUGUCUUCACAAGCAUUGAUUUUUCAAACAAUAGAUUUACAGGGGAGAUGCCAAAGAUAAUUGGAAGGCUUACAUCACUCAAGGGGCUCAACUUUUCUCACAAUAACCUUACAGGUUAUAUUCCAUCAUCAUUUGGAAAUUUGACUAAUCUUGAAUCAUUAGACCUCUCUUUCAAUAAGCUCAGUGGGGAGAUUCCCAAUCAGACACAUACCUUCAGGAAAGCAGUUCUAUACAUUCAACAAUGA